CAACCGAAUAAACACGCCGAUUCGUCUGGUAAACACGUGCAUUUUUGUUUUUUCCUCACAGUAGAUAUUUUCUCCUUAAAAUGAAAUUAAAAACGGUCAAAAACAAGGCUUCAUCUGAUAAAACACUAGUGGGCAUAAAGAAAACAAAAAACGGCAUACAGAAGGCAAAGAAAUCGAAAAAAACGCUGAAAGAGUCUACCGUUAAUGCUACAGCAGCAGGUACCGGCACGAGUACUCCGCUCACGUUUGCCGAAAAGAAGGUACUCUCCGUGAAGCGUAAAUCUAAUGCUGCGAAAAAUCCCGAUGAAUCAAAGCCAACGCUCAGUUCGGCAGAUUCAGUGUUGGUGACGAAAAAAUCAAAGAAGCAGAUUAAUAAGGCAUCAGAAAAGUCGAAAAACACCGAUGAAAAUUCUUCCAAGCAGGAAACUAAUUCGGAUUGGAAUACAAAAGCAUGGACAUUGAUAAAAGAGUUGAAGAAAAAGGAGAAAAAAGAGGGAGGAAAUGUAGCUACAACAGUUUCAGAAGAAACGAUGGCACUGGUGCCAACGCAAUUGAUUUCGAAGGACAGUUUUAAAAAGGUUUUUAAAGUUCUUCAAUCACAAGUCGAGAAGAACCCUAACAAGCUGUUCGGUGGUGAUCUGAAGUACAGUAUUCAGAUUACUGCGGCAAAGAUCCCUCGUUGCCCACUGCGAAACAGCCGCAUCACUCUUCCAUUUCCGGUACUUCGCGACGUGGACGAAAUUUGUCUGAUAGUGGCCGAUUUAAAGCGAGGUCGCACUGUUGACUUCCAGCCCACGCAGGAGCAUUGGGAGGAUAAGUUGCGUGAGCUCGGUGUUACUAAUCCGAUACAAAUCAUGCCGUUCCAACAGCUGAAGCAGGAUUAUCGCGCAUUUGAUAUGAAACGUAAGCUAGUGCACCGCUUUGAGCGUUUCCUUGUUGAUGCGCGUAUCGAUGGUCACGUGUUUAGUUUUCUCGGGUCGCAUUUUGCUAAGCGGUGCAAAAAUCCCGUCGCUGUUAAGCUGGACAAAGAGGAAAACAUUAAGAAAAACAUCGAGAAAGCUUUGCAUGUCCAAACGUACCGUCAGGGUAAUUCAGGAACGACAACCGACAUUAAAAUCGGUGCCCAAUGGAUGCCGGCGGAUCAGGUAGUCGAGAAUGGGAUGAACAUGCUGGAACAGCUCAAGACAGUCUACCCGGGCGGAUGGUUAAACAUUCUCGCACUUCAUCUGUGCACAUGCUCGGAAAAGAUGUCAACCUUCCCGCUGUAUGUAAGCGUGAUCGAUCCGAACCUCAUCCCAACACCAAUGGUGAUAGGACCGAAGGAGAAAUUUAUCAAGAAACAAAAGGACCUGAUAAAAAAGCGCACUGGUGGCAUGUAUGAAGUAGAUGACGAUGGUAUUGUCCAGAAGGCCCGCAAGAUGAACGACGAUGGAACACUGGAGUCGGAAGAGGAGUUGGUUAUGGAUGAGCUCGAGAAUGAACAAGAUGAUAACUGGCUACCAUACGACGAUGAACCAAGCAAUAAGGAGAGGGGAGGACGUGUACGCCACCGGCACGACAUAAAAAUUAGAGUCAAAUAA